GCUGCGGUGAGGUCACUGGCGGGGGGGGGGAGGCGAUGUCUUCCUGGAGGGGAAGCAGCUUUGUUGGGAAAUCGGGGCCCUGCAGCCCCACACCCCGGGACUGUAAGGACCCUCCUUGCUUGCAGGGGCUUCCUUUGGGUGCAUUGGAGAAGUAAGCUCUGGAUCUUGCCUGCUUGAAUCCUGCACAGCCUCCCACAGGGUACAGAACCAUAGACCAGACUCAAACUGGAUUAUCCUCUCCUUCCACCGGAAAGAAAAUGAACGAAACAGAUCCAGUUCGGGGGCUGGUGACCUUCGAAGAUGUGGCCAUAUAUUUCACGGAGGGCCAGGCCGCUUUGCUGGAUCCAGCCCAAAGGUCCUUGUACAAGGAGGUCAUGCUGGAGAAUUAUGGGAACGUCGCCUCGCUGGGAGGAUCUGAAGACCCCAAGCCGGCCCUGAUUUGCCAGCUGGAGCGAGGGAAAGAGCCGUGGGUGGCUAAUCUUCGGCGCCUGGGCGAAGAGGCGCUCAAGGCAACCUCAGGAGACUUGAAGAAGAAAAAUGUGUGUCCGGAGUGUGGAAGAUGCUUCUCUGACAUGUCCGUCCUUCUUGAACAUCGGAGAUGCCACUCGACAUGGAGACCGUAUAAAUGCGUGGAUUGCGGGAAAUGUUUCCCUGGGUUUUCAGAGCUUUUGACGCACCACAGAGUCCACGUGGCUGAGAAAGCUUCUCAGUCCUCCGAGUCCGAGGAAGGUUUGGACAUCAAAACAGUCAUCGUCGGCCAUCAGGGAAUCCACACGGGAGAGAAACCUCACAAAUGCUUGGAGUGCGGGAAGUCCUUUGAUUUCAAGUCCACCCUGGCGACGCACAUGCGCAUCCACACGGGGGAAAAGCCUUACAAGUGCUUGGAGUGCGGGAAGUCGUUCGCUCGGAAAGGAAACCUUUCCGGUCACCGGAGACUCCACAUGACCGAGAAGCCUCACAAAUGCAUGGAGUGUGGGAUGUCCUUUGCGCAGCAGUCGAAGCUCGUCGGUCACCAGAGAGUCCACGAGGAGCUUUUUAAAUGCUUCGAGUGCGGGAAGUGUUUCCCUCACAAGGGCCUUCUCAUCGAACAUCGGCGGGUCCACACGGGAGAAAAGCCUUUCAAGUGCUUGGCCUGCGGGAAGUACUUUUCCCGGAAGUCGAACCUUGACGAUCACCAGAGAAUCCACACGGGGGAGAAGCCGUACAAGUGCUCGGUGUGCGGGAUGUGCUUCGCGGGCCGCUCGUCCCUCACCUACCACUACCGAGGCCACACCGGAGAGAAGCCCUUCAAGUGCCUGGAGUGCGGGAAGGAUUUCGCCGACCGCUCGUCGCUCCAGUACCACGAGAGAGGCCACACGGGAGAGAAGCCGUACAACUGCUUCGAGUGUGGGAGGAGCUUUGCCAGUCGUUCGUCUCUGGUUUGCCACCGGAGGACCCACACCGGCGAGAAGCCUUACCAGUGUGUGGAGUGCCUGAUAAGCUUUGCCGACAAGUCGGGCCUCAUAUGCCACGAGAGGGUCCACACAGGGGAGAAGCCGUACACUUGCCUGGAGUGCGGGAAAUCGUACUCCUUCCGCUCGUCCCUCGUUUGCCACGAAAGGUCCCACACGGGAGAGAAACCUUACCAGUGCCUGGAGUGCGGGAAGUCUUAUUCCGACAGGUCGUCCUUUGUUUACCACCAGGGGACGCACACAGGAGAGGAACGCUUCAAGUGUCUGGAGUGUGGGGUGUGUUUUGCGCCAAAGCGGCCACUUUCCAGGAUCCAUGGCAUCCCGGUGGUACAGCACCCCAUUCAUCAUGAGAGCUGCUCUUUCUAUCUCAAGUUGAAAAUGGAAUCAGAAAUAAAGAAGAAAAAUGAAGACAGGAACCCAGGAUUGCCUGCAGGAAUUAAACUGGAAGAGGCAGAAGCAGCAGAUUAUUCAACUGGAGAAGAACAAGGAGACAAAGGCCGCCAUUUUGUGCAAGCUGGGACGGCCCAAGGCUUUUCCAAAGGUCCGCCACUGCUACAGAUUAAACAGGAACCCGAGGAAGGUUUGGCCCAACACUGGGAAAUCCAGUGGCAUGACUUUUUGAGGGGCCUGCAGCUGCCUCAAGCAGGAUGGCAUAAUCCGCAGCUUCGAUGGGGCGAUAAGGUCUCCAUCGGAGAGGGAGCCCAAAGUGACCAGUGUCCUAGAGCGCAGAGGUUGACGCAAAUCUCGCCAGAUCUCAACGUGGAAGCCCCAAAGAGCCUGCAUGCCGGAGGGAGGGGAGAUGCCAAGGUGGAAAGGGGAACUGUCCCGGGUGACAUUAGCGCCGAAAUCCAGCGUAAACGCUUCAGACAUUUCUGCUACCGGGAGAUGGAGGGACCCCGAGAGAUUUGCAGGCGGCUCCGGGAGCUGUGCUGUCAGUGGCUGAAGCCGGAGAAGCACACCAAGGAGCAGAUGGUUGAGAUGCUGGUCCUGGAGCAGUUCUUGGCCGUCCUGCCUCAGGAAAUGCAGGGCUGGGUCAAGGCAGGGGGCGCAGAGAGCUGUGCUGAAGCGGUGGCCCUGGCAGAGGACUUCCUGCUGAGCCAGGAAGAGGAUGAGCCUCAGGGAUGGGAACGGAAGGUACCUGAGGAGGAAAAAAGGGAGACUGCUCUGGGUCUCCUCUCACCUUUGGGUAUUCAGCCAGGACCUUUAUGCAAGGAGGAGGAGGAGAAUGAAGAUGCCAGUCUGCUUGCCAGUGGGGCGCGGCCUCUGAUUUCCUGUGGAUCAUCUCUUCAUCCUGCUCCAGAGCCAACUCAGACAGCAAGCGUUGAGGAAGCAACAUUUUCCUCAUUUCAGGGACCGUUGGCCUUUGAGGAGGUGGCGGUUUACUUUGCAGAGGAAGAAUGGGCCUUGCUGGAUCCGGACCAAAGAGUUCUGUACAAGGAGGUCACGUUGGAGAAUUAUGGGAAUAUGGCCUCAUUGGGACUUUUGAUUCCCAAACCAGACGCCGUUCCCUGGCCGGAAGGAAAGGAAGAUUUAUUCACUCAAGACCCUGAGGAAACAGGAAAAGGAGGUUUUGCAGCUGCAAAUGAGAUCAAAGAAGAACCUCCUCCGGGAGAAGGGACCCCACAUCUGGAAGACACGCCCCACGUUUUCCCAGGGGGAUCUCAGGAUGACAUUUUCCUGGCAGCCGAGUACUGUGAAAGCGACGGCACUGCCAGUGAGAGCGAGAUGGGCGGGACGCAUCAAGAAGGCCCUAGGUCAACCAGUUCUGACGGGAGGUUCCCGGGGGUUUCCCUCAGGGACGUUUCUGUGAAGUCCGAAGCCUUCGAUCAGGGCUACAAGUCCGACAGGCAGCAGUGGCAGCGGGCCGUGAAGAUGUGGGGCAUCUCCAUUCAGGAGGUGGAAACCGCCGUGGCUGAUAACGGCGACGCGGUCCGCGCAGGAGAGGAGUGCCACAUGUGCCGCAAAUGCGGGCAGGCGUUCGAGCACCAAUCGGGGCUCAUCGUGCACCAGAUGAUCCACACAGCUGAGAGGCCCUACGAGUGCCUUGAGUGCGGGAAGAGCUUCUGCCAGAGGGAGAACCUUCUUGCACACCAGAGAAUCCACUUGGGGGAGAGGCCUUACGAGUGCCCGCAGUGCGGGAAGAGCUUCAGCACGCGGUCACAUCUUAUCACCCACCAGAGAAUCCACACGGGCGAGAAGCCGUACGAGUGUCUGCACUGUGCGAAGAGCUUCAGCAACAAGUCCUCGCUCGUCACCCACCAGAGAAUCCACACGGGCGAGAAGCCUUACGAGUGUCCACAGUGCGGGAAGAGCUUCUGCCAGAGCGGGCAGCUGAUCCGACACCAGAGAAUCCACACGGGAGAGAAGCCCUACGCUUGCCUACAGUGUGGGAAAUGUUUCUGCCAGAGAGGUCAGCUGAUCCGGCACCAGAGGAUGCACACGGGAGAGAAGCCUUACGAGUGCCUUCAGUGCGGGAAAAACUUCAGCAGGAAGUCAUACCUUGACAUUCACCUGCGGAUGCACACAGGAGAGAAGCCUUACGGGUGCCCCGAGUGCGGGAAAAGCUUCUGCCAGAGUGCCCAGUUGAUCCGGCACCAGCGGAUCCACACGGGGGAGAAGCCAUUCGCGUGUUCUGAGUGUGGGAAAAGCUUCUUCCAGAAGGAGAAGCUGGUAAGACACCAGAGAACCCAUGCGGAAUCAAAACCGCACGAAUGCUCAGAGUGCCAAAAAACCUUCCCCCAGAAAGAUAAGCUCAUGCAUCAUCAGAAAACCCACGCAGGGCUUGACACCUUAUGAAUGUUUCCUCUUUUUAAAAAAAACAAAACCCUGCUCCUAAAGUGUAAUAAGUUUUGGGCAAAAUGCAUCACGUUUAAAUAUUAUUCGAGACCGAUGUUGGAGAAGGUUUCUGCUGUAAUUUGGGGCUUACCAAAUAUAAGGAUAAAUACAGAAGAGAGAAACAGAGUCUUGCUGGAUCAAACCAGGCCUGCUGUCUACUCCUGAAAUUGAGGCAUUGAGGUGAUGACAGUCGCCAUUCAAAUCCUCUUGGUUGGUUGGGAGAACAUUCUUACACAUCGGAGAAUCCACACAGAAAAGAGCCCUUUCUGAAGCAGCUUGGAACAAGGGGCAGCUUUUCCUCAGUGGUGCCGUGAAGUAACUUUGG